AUGAAGAAAUUUUUAUUUAUUAUUUGUAUUUUUAUUCCAUCAGUUUUCUGUGGGUCGCGACCCAGUUUCGUGACUGAUGAGAUGAUUGCCAUGGCUGCGAGUGUCGUCAAUGCAUGUCAAAGACAAACAGGCGUGGCUACAGCGGACAUCGAAGCUGUAAGAAAUGGAGAGUGGCCAGAGUCUCGCCAAUUAAAAUGUUACAUGUAUUGUCUCUGGGAACAAUUUGGAUUAAUUGAUACCAAAGGUGAGCUGAGUCUCAACGGAAUGCUAACAUUUUUCCAAAGAAUACCAGCAUACAGAGCUGAAGUUCAAAAAGCUAUUCGUGAGUGCAAAGGAGUUGGUAAAUAUUUAGCUAAUGGAGACAAUUGUCAAUAUGCGUAUACAUUUAACUUAUGUUACGCAAAAAUAUCACCCAAGCCAGUUCCAGAGGAAUUUUUAGAUGUCCAGCCAACAAUUCGUGCUGCGUGUGUAAAAGAAUCGGGAAUUCCUAGUGAAGAUUUGAUUAACAAAGCUGCAAAAGGAGAAUUCACCGAUGAUCCUCAAUUGAAGUGUUACUUGAAAUGUAUUUUUGAUCAAUUCAGACUAGUAAGCAAACGUGGAAUUAACUUUGACGCAAUGUUAGCUUUAUCUCCUCCAUCAAUGAAAGAAUCUGCGGCUAAAAUGAUCAAAGAGUGCCGUGAAACAAAGGGAAAAGAAGGCGAUCUCUGUGAUUUGUCUUAUGAAGUUACCAAGUGUUUGUACAAUUCAAACCCUGAGACCUACUUCAUUCUUUAA